AGGAUGGCUCUCAAAAGAGAUGGGUGUCCAGGGCGUGAUGGGGAGGAGGAGGUAUAACUAAAGGAUGACAGCCCCUUCCCUCCGUGAGGAAGAAGUUUGGUGACUCUUAUUCGACAUCCAUCUGAGUUAAUGAACGUUCCUCUUCAUCAGCAACAAAACAAAUGCACAGCGUUAGUGAAAAACAAGACCGCCGCCGCCGCCACGACUUUGCAGCUCACCUACCCCCUGUUCACUGCGAACGCCUGCUCCUCUGGAGGGGGCACCAGCCUCUCUCAGACUCAGAGUUCUAAUAACUCCUGUUCUGUACUGGAGGCUGCCAAACAUCAGGAUAUUGGAUUGCCGAGAGCAUUUUCUUUCUGUUAUCAACAAGAAAUUGAAUCCACGAAGCAGACUUUAGGUAGUAGAAACAAAGCUUUGCCUGAGCAGGUUUGGAUUAAAGUGGGAGAAGAAGCGCUGUGCAAACAAGCGAUAAAUAAGAGGAAUCGGAGUAGGAUACGUCAGUUGGACACCAGUGUGGAGCGAAGAGCCCUCGGAGAGAUUCAGAACGUGGGUGAAGGUGCCACCACCGCCCAGGGCUCCUGGCAGUCUGCAGAGUCAUCACAGUCUCAUCUUGGGGAGCAGUCCCAGAGUGCCCCGGGCGGAAGGUCACAGCGCAGGGAAAGGCACAACCGCAUGGAGAGGGACAGAAGGCGCAGAAUCCGCAUUUGCUGUGAUGAGUUGAAUCUUUUGGUCCCGUUCUGCAAUGCCGAGACAGAUAAGGCCACGACCCUGCAGUGGACCACUGCGUUCCUAAAGUACAUUCAGGAGCGCCAUGGAGAUUCUCUUAAGAAGAUCCCAAACUGUCCUCUGUGUCCUGGAAUCAGACGUUACGGAGUCAUUGUGAGCAAGAGCUCUGCUCGUGGCGUGUGCUCAAGUGGUCUCCGCCUGGCCUGCUCACUCCGAUAGUGGAGAUGACGGGGGCCUCCCUCGAGACAGGCUGAGCACCUGCUGUGUGUGGUGGAUUGGACUGGGCGAGGGGGGCUUUCAGAGACUGGAGGAGGCAGUGGUUUUGCCCUCAGGAAACCCAAAGGGAUAAAACAAGCAAAGGGCAGAUAAAUGUCAAGUAAAUGGUCUGGACUUCAGUGCCUCCAAAGGCAGAAAGAGAGACACUUGUGUGGGUUGGGUGACUGGGUGACCUGGGGCUCGGGCCAGCAUGUCCUUGACCAUCUGUUGGGUUCCCAGUGAGUGAAUGAGCUGGGGUCCCAUAGGACCUAAUGCUUGGUGUGGUUUUUGUCCGCCCCUUCCUUGGCUCAGAGGAGAGAACGCAGGAGGUGUCAGCUGUGGCUUCUGUGUUCCUCCGGACACCAGGGCUCCCGUGUUGGCUGCAGAGCUAGCAGUCAGGCUGACGGAUAAGGAGGCUUUAGUGAAGUGAGCCGCAGCAUGAGUCUGAUUGGCGAGCCAAGCUGAGGUUGGUGUGAUAAACAUGGAUCCUUUUUAAAAAGAGCCUCAUGUCCUGGCUGGGGCUUAGUCAGUUGGAGCGUCGUCCUGUACACCAAUAGCCUGUGGGUUUGAUUCCUGGUCAGGGCACAUACC